AUGCCUCACAUUGACGCGCAUGAAUCGCGCACAUCUUUGCUCGAAGACAAAGAAUCAUCUCUCCUUCACAAUAGGCAGUCAAAGCACACAAGAACAGCUCUCGAUGCAGAUCAUGAUCUUGAAGCACCGCCUCACCAUGAGUGGGACAUGAGAAGUCAGGACGACUCCGAUGAUGAAUCCCAAAGCGAUGAGGAUUUCGAUGUAUAUCGUGACUUUUUAAAUUAUGGUCAAUCAGGCGACGCGCUGCCACUCUAUGACAAUAUGGACAACCAGCAAGUAACAUCGAAUCGGUCAUCUCACUUUGGUUCGGUACCACCGCUAGCUUCAAGACCCAAGUCACAACCCCUUCUUCAGAUCCCCACGCAUCUUCAAGAUACCUCGUCAGCGGCCUUGUUCGACACACGAUACGCUAAUGACUCGCUUGUCGUAGGCAACGACACAAAACCCUAUGGCACACUGCUUGGGCACAGCAACUCGUCUUUCGAGUUGGCUGAUAUAGCGCCGCCUGGUGCAGAAUACUCGACAACGGAGCUUGCUGAAAUGACACGGUCGCAUCGGCGCAAAGUAUGGCGCCAGAAGCAAGCUCGCACAUUCGAUCACUGGCUACAUGGACAGCACCUUAUGUGUGGCUGGUUGGGUCGAGGUACUGCUCUCAUGAUUUUGUUUGUGUUUUUCAUCAUGCUGAUUCUAAUUUUGUACUUUGUGAUACCUCGUGUACCUACUGUUCAUCUCGUCACGCGUAACGCACUUACACCUGCUUCGAAAAAGUCUGAUAUGGUUCUUUCUGGUGCGCCUACAGGCUUCAAAAUGAAUGGCACUAUGAAUGUGCGUCUAGACAACAACGAUGGAUGGGUUCCUUCACACUUGCUUUCACUUCACACAGAUGUCACACUCAGCUCCACAAAUGUGAAGAUUGGCUCGGGUGAUGUGCAUUCACAAUGGAUCCCUGGUCGCAAAGUGACUCAAGUGCAAGUCCCUAUCUCCUUUUCGCACAAAAGCCUCAAUGUCACUGGAGAUGAUACCCAGCAAACCAUGCAGAAAGCCUGCGCACAUCUUUACCGCGGAGUUCAGCGUCCAAGUGAGUACGACUGGUGUUUUUUACUCACCCUCCCCCACUUACACGGACCCUUUCCGCUUUUCCCCACGGUUGCAGGCAUCAGUUUACAGAUUGACAUGCAAAUGGAAAUUGGCGGCAUAUUAGGAAAGCAUAAAUCCAAAUUGAACUUGCAGGACAUUGACUGCCCAUGGGAAUUACCGAACUAG